GUUACCGAAAUGCAAGGAGACAGAAAAACAUCAAAAAAGGUUUCCUUUUUCGUCAUACUCAUUCUGGUCGCAUCCACACUUUUCACCAUAUUAUGUUUUGCAAAUUUUUUAUGUAAGAAGAAGAGUCAACCGUCUCAAUCAUCAAGAGGAGAACGAUUCAUGAAAGUAUCAUACAGUCAACUUCUCAAGGCUACCAAUGGCUUCUCCCAAGCCAAUUUGAUAGGCGAGGGUGGGUUUGGCUCUAUUUACAAAGGAGUCCUUGAUGAUCAUGAUGAUACGAUUGUUGCAAUCAAAGUUGUACAUCUUCAAAACCAAGGUGCCCACAGAAGCUUUAUAGCAGAGUGUGAAGUGUGGCGGAGUAUUCAACACCGGAAUCUAGUUAAAAUAAUAACUUCAUGUUCAAGUGUUGUCUUUCAAGGCAAUGAUUUCAAAGCUCUGGUAUAUGAGUUCAUGCCCAAUGGGAGCUUACAUGAUUGGUUGCAUUCAAGUGCAACCACAUCCAGACUGAAUCUUUUCCAGAGAAUAAAUAUUCUCAUUGAUGUCGCAUCUGCGCUUGAUUAUCUUCACAAUCACUGCCAGCCAUCCAUCCUUCACUGUGACCUGAAGCCUAGCAACAUUCUACUUGACGAUGAUAUGGUGGCCCAUGUUGGAGACUUUGGUUUAGCACGAUUUCUUGGAACAAAUUCAAACCAAAAAAGCACGAGUGGCAUUAGAGGAACGAUUGGAGUAUGGUGUUGGGACUUGGGAGUGAGAUGACAAGCAGUGGGGAUGUCUGUAGUUUUGGAAUACUAUUAUUGGAAGUGAUGACAGGGAAGAGGCCCACGGACAGCAUCUUUAACGAACUUCAUAAGUUUGCAUGCAUGGCCUUGCCAGACCAUGUAACAAAUGUCAUUGAUGACGACCUCCUGAAUUUUCUUCAAGAGGAUGCUAUUGCUACAAAACAUACAAUAGCAAAUGCAAAGAAAAUGGAGGAAUGUUUGGCUUCAAUUAUCAAGCUUGGAGUAUCAUGCUCCUUGGAUUCCCCACCACAACGGAUGAAUAUCAAAAAUGUUGUCCAUGAGUUGCAGCAUAUUUUAAAUAUACUUUAAGAUAUAUUGAGUAUUUGGAGAAUCUUGUAUUUUGAUGGUAUAAAAUAUGAAAUAAAUGGAUUGACUGCAUUAUUUCGAAAA